UCACUCCCUCACCUCUUAGAGAGUCUCUAGCUGCAAGCUGUUUUGGUGUCUGACCUUUGCCCUUUACUUUUAUUUUACCCUUCGAUAUGGCUUCUAUUUACCACCUAGCCACUCUCUUGUUCCUCUGUUUAAUCCAUCUUUCCUUCUCUGAGUUAGUUCAAGAGCAACCUCUCGUGUUAAAGUACCACAACGGUCCACUCCUAAAGGGGAAAAUCACCGUUAAUCUCAUCUGGUACGGGAAGUUUACUCCCAUCCAACGGUCCAUAAUCGUCGAUUUCAUCAACUCUUUGAGUUCCGACGAGGCCACACUCCCUUCCACAUCAUCAUGGUGGAAAAUUACCGAGAAAUACAAGGGAGGAGGUUCAUCCAACUUAGCUCUAGGCAAACAAAUCCUCUUCGAAAAUUACCCACUCGGUAAAAUCCUUAAGAACCCACAUUUGCCAGCCUUGGCCAGCAAAUUUAACGGCGUCAAUACCAUCAACAUCAUCCUCACGGACAAAGACGUUGCCGUCGAAGGCUUUUGCAUGAGGUGCGGGACACACGGAUCAAUCCGGCUUGGCCGAGGUCCGAUUCGUGGGACUUUUAUCUGGGUAGGAAACUCCGAGACUCAGUGUCCUGGUCAAUGCGCCUGGCCAUUUCACCAGCCUAUUUACGGACCCCAAACCCCUCCUCUAGUUGCUCCCAACGGAGACGUUGGAGUUGACGGAAUGAUCAUCAACUUGGCCACCCUUUUGGGUAACACCGUUACCAAUCCGUUUAACAAUGGGUAUUUCCAGGGGCCAGCCAACGCACCGUUAGAGGCGGUUUCAGCUUGCACUGGUAUGUUCGGGUCGGGUUCGUACCCCGGAUAUCCGGGAACUCUCCUUUUGGAGAAGAGUACCGGGGCGAGCUACAAUGCGAACGGGAUUAACGGAAGGAAAUACUUGUUGCCGGCGAUGUGGGAUCCACAGACAUCAAUGUGCAAGACCCUUGUAUAAUUGUACACGUGGCGGAAAUCAAUGGUGAAUGGAGAUGAUGGUACACGUGGCACAGAUGUAUAUAGUUGGGGUAAAUGUACGGCGGAGGGAAGUAGGCCUUUUGUUUGUUGUCGUUUUGCGUGACGUGUAAAUUCUACGUAGUUUUGUAUAAAAAAAAAAAGAAAGCGGUGUGGACUUAGCGAAAGGAAAUGUGAAUGUGAGAUAAUAAUGAAAAUAUUAAAGAUGUGAAAGUUUGUUUCUA